CCCACUGUCACCUUUUGUUAAGUGUCUCCACAGACAAACAGUGACCACUCGCUACAUUAACUACACAAUUACUGUACCGACAUUAUGGAGUUGGGCGUGUCCUGGCAAGUUAGCAUCAGCAGGCAAUAAUGACUUGCAAUAGGCCAGGUUUGUACAAAGUGCGGCGCAGGCACCAAUUUGUUUCUAUAGCUCAUUUGAUUUUAGUCCCUUUGCAUAUUCUAAAAAUAAAACACGUUCAUAUUCAUUCAUAUUCAAAACAUUCAUUAUAGUGUUUCUCUCCUCCAUUCCUUCCUCCAAAUUAAGUGAUAACUCAUGGGUGAUGAUUCAGCAUCGAUUUAUCGUUGCACCCUCUAUACAUUUAGUGCAUUUUGGUAAUUAGCAUAGAAAUUAAUACUAUAUUUGAUCAUUUUCAGAUAAAAACAAGUGGCUGCAUUCAUCUGAAAGUGAUAUUACAUAGGCUAAUGUGAGGUGUUUUUAAACUAAUACAUGAUGUGUUUGUAAAAGGCUUGUUCACAAAAACAUCUUACCAAUAUCAAUUAGUCAAUAUUUACUAGCUAGUUCCAUCUGCAGCCACUGAGUAUUUGUAAACGGCUCAAAAACAAAUGCUGAAGCAAACGUGAAAAAGUGGGGGUAAAAAAGUUGACUACAAACAAAGUAAGAAAUCACAACAUGCAUCACGUUACUAGACUUGAUACAAGGGACUAAACUACAUUUUAUGUAACAAUGUAGCUGCUUUCAAAACAUGCAAUAUAUCAAAUGACAACUAAAUACAUUACUUUGAACAGUUUCAAAAUGAUUUUAAUGAAGACAUUAAUUUGUGAAUGUAUGAGCCCCUGUAAAUCCUGUACGGAGGUGUGAAGUGGGCCGCUGUGUAUAUCUGCAUGUAGCUUUAUUUCACUUUCAAACGCCGUAUAAUAGUCUUGGAUAAUGGUGGACAUGUGGCUUAACAGAUGCAUCUGUCUGUGUUUAUCCCACAGAUGUGCAACUUACAUGACGUGAAAAACACGAAUAUACUCUAAAAUUUGCGUGAAAAAAACUAGAAUGUUCUCCUUGAUGGGCCCUGACAAUGUGGCACUAAAGUGUAGUGUUACACGAGGUCCCCAACUUAUGAACAUCCGACUUGCCAACAUUCGCGGAUAUGAACACAAGCCGACUGGUCUAUAUUUUAUUUUAUUUUGCCUUGUAGUAGAUCCAUCAGUAUAUAUACUGCUACAUGACCAGUAGAGGGCACUGUGACACUGCUAAUGGGACCAACAGGUCGAGUAAGACACUGGGGAGAGAAAGACAAAUUGUAGCUGUAUGAUGCAACCCGGACAGAGCGUGAUUAAAGUUUAUGAAGAGUUAAUAGGCCUGCUUAAUUCUACACCACCCACAGAACACUACCUCUUUUAGAAGAGUCUAACGACGACGACGAUUUGUCCUUUUUAAAUAACUCCUCCUCCACUACCAACGACGUAUGCUCGACCACUCCUCUUCAAAGACCCCAAGGACGAGGAGGCGUGCCCAAAGACUUCUUGUGUCCAGCCCCAAACCCAGUGGCGCCAAUGCUAGGAGGACGGCUCAUCCCAACACAAGGGCUAAUGCUAGUAGUGCAGCUCAUAGAAGAACAAGUCCGAGAGCAGUCGUGGUCCUGACGACUCCACCCACGGAGACCAUCGACGUGAUGGACAACACAGUGGACAGUUUGGAUGAGGUGGUGGAUCUGACCUGCGAGGCAUCUGAAGUGCCGACGGUUGUCGACCUGACCAACAACGACUCAGUGCUGCUGGUGGAUGAAGGUCCUCAGAACAGGAGAAACACGUCAGGCGAGAGUUACGUCGUCAGCAGUGAUGAAGAAGACACGACCACUGUUCCCAGUGCUUCCACGUUGUCCUCUCUACAGGCCCAGAGCUCUGCCAGGUGGACUCCAGGAACAAUCAGCUGUCCAGUCUGUAUGGACUCCUACUCGGAGAUGGUGGACAGCGGCCGUCUGGUGGUGUCCACCAAGUGUGGACACAUCUUCUGCAGCCAGUGUCUCCGAGACGCUCUGUCCAGAUCUCACACGUGUCCCACAUGCCGCAAACGCCUCACUCCCCGCCAGUACCACCCCCUAUACAUCUAAUUGUUGAUUUUUUCAUUUUGUGUGUUCAUGGUCUCCAAAUAGAAAUAAAUAUGUCAAAACUCAAAUCUGCCUCCCCCCCUCAUUUGACCCUUACCAGUUCGCC